UGCCUGGCUGUGGUCUAAUUAUCAAUCUGGGAUAUCGCAGACAGGACUUCACCUUCAACAGUGAAUGUAUAAUUCUAAAUAUACAACAAGAGUGAUCAAGAAUGGGAUGGUAUUUCCUUCAUUCUCUGCUGAAUGGGGUCAACAAGUAUUCCACAUCCCUGGGGAAGGUGUGGCUCUCGGUCAUUUUCAUCUUCCGCCUCCUGGUCUUGGUGGUGGCAGCCGAGACUGUAUGGGGAGAUGAACAGAGUGACUUUGUGUGCAACACACAGCAGCCUGGUUGUAGGAAUGUGUGCUACGACCGUUUCUUCCCCAUCUCUCACAUCAGGCUGUGGGUUUUCCAGCUCCUCUUUGUGUCCAUUCCAUCAUUUCUCAUCGGCAUGCAUGUUCAUCAAAGGAAAAAAUCCAGGAAGAACAUAAAAAUCUUUAAUCAGAAUGCAAAUUUGCAGAAAGUAAAAAUCGAUGCCCCUCUUUUACGAACUUACUUGGUCAGCAUUUUGUUUAAAAUGAUGUUUGAAGGCAUCUUUAUGUUCUUAUUCUAUUGGAUUUAUGAAGGCUAUAAGAUGCUCAGACUGGUGAAAUGCAGUGAAUAUCCCUGUCCUAAUACUGUGGACUGUUUCAUUUCUAGACCAACCGAGAAAACAAUUUUCACUCUUUUCAUGUUAGUGAUAUCAGCUGUCUGCAUCUUGUUGAAUGUUGCUGAACUUUGUUACUUAAUUGUAAAGUAUUGCAUAAUGCAAUGGAAGAAAAAUCUUUUUGCAGCAGCAAGGAGCAAUGAAAACAAAGAAUUAGCGGUUGCUCACAGUUCAUCGAAUAUCAGCACAGCAAAGUUUGACAAUGAGCAAAAAAGCAGUUCUGAUAUCACUUCUGUAUUUUAAACAAGACAAUCGUCCCCGAAUUAUUUAUAGAUACACAAUAUGCAUGUGAUUCUGGGCCCCUCAGUUAUCUUGUGACUUUGCAAUAAGAUUCUAUCAGAAGAGAUGCCGUAUCAAUUUAUGUGCAAUCUAUUUAUUUUGAUUUCUGAGUAUUCUGAUUGUCACUGUUAUACAUUACUGCCACUUUAAUUUACUCAUUCCUGGGUUCCUUAUGAACAUAUAAUCACUGCCUUUUGUUGAAGACAAUUGUAAACCUCCAUGAAUAAAGCCUCAAUAAGAUCAAACAUAGAAGGAAUAUGAAUAAAGUGACACAUUCUAAGAAGGAAAGGAUCUGACAUACAUUAUCACAUAAGCUGUACACUGUGUUUUGAAUAGAAGCUGAAUAUCAGAAUAUCAAAGAAUUGGAUUAAGUGCAAUAUUUUAUUCAAAACAAGAUAUUGGUGCCUAAAAUACCAAAUAAGCUAAGAGUUGGCUAAUACUUCUGUAAAUGGGCAAGACUUAAAAUACCAAAGAGUGGACCCUGCCAUGAGCCAUGCUUGCCAAGAAGCCCAUGAUCUCAAUGCACCACUGUCUCCUAAAAUAGAACAAAGUAUUGUGGAUGCUGGAGAUCUGAAACAAAAACAGAAAUUGCUGGAGAAACUCAGCAGUCCUGGCAGCAUCUGUGGAUAGAAAACAGAGUUAACAUUUCGAGUCACUGGAUUAAAAACAUUAACUCUGCUUUCCUCCCACAGCUGCUGUUAGACGACUGAGUUUCUCCGUUACUAUUUCACCAUAAUCUCCUGUUUGUGAGAUAUCCUGAUGCUAUUUCACAUAAAACUAUCAGAGGUUAAAACCCAUAGUUUUUGUGGGAAUCUGGCUGCUGAGAGUAACUUGUACUAAGCUACCUGCUGGAAAUCUGGUCUGCGUGACUUUUAGAUUUUCAGAGCUUCAGGUCUUUUAUUUGAAAGGUGCUGCCAAAGGUGUGAAUUGCUGUUUGGAAUGUUCACAAGGUGCAGUAUAAUUUGGGCUUGGUUCUCCAUGGUAUGUUGUCAUGCUGCUUAUGUUCAUCAGCACUGACUGGUUGUGGAAGAGUGAAUAACAGGUGAAAGGGCAGUCUUUAACAUAGCAUGUUAUGAAAUGACAAAUUUUACUUUCAGCCAAGCUUUGUUAUUUUACUGACUCAAUGCAAAACUGUGCAGAAGACUGAAGCAUUGGGUCUCAAUGGUUACAUGUUGUCUUUGUCUCUGUUUGAAUAUAAACUGUCAACUGUUAUUUUUUGAGGAUGUCUAAAGAAAUCUUAGAACCAUAUUUAAGAAUGGAUUUUCAUAUCCCAUGCCCUUUCUUUCUUGUUCCUGGAGAAU